CUAAAAUAGGCACUAUAAUCUCCCCUUCUAAAUAGAAAAUCUCAAAAGGAUGAAGAAGCUUUCUUGUUUUGGUAACAGGUUGGAGCCCAACCUGCCUAGCAUUCAAAACCUCUCUUGCCUCCUCCACUCUUGCCACCCUGUGGCAUCUUCCCUCCUCCGCAAAUUGUCCCGCCGAGCCAACUCUUUCUGGACUCAACUAGCUUACUUCGUCCUCGUCUCCGCAGUCGGCUAUUGGGCACUAAAGCUCUGCGAGCCCAAAUCAUCCUCCUACAAGCCUCGUGACCUCGAUGUGUUCUUCACCUCCGUCUCCGCAACCACGGUAUCGAGCAUGUCCACCGUGGAAAUGGAGGCCUUCUCCCACUCCCAGCUCGUCAUCAUGACCCUCCUUAUGCUCUUUGGCGGGGAGAUCUUCACUUCCAUGGUCGGGCUUCAUCUCUCGAGGUACAGAUUUGCCGGACGUGAUCAUCACAAGGUGAAUUCCGCCACUGCUGACCACUCCGACAAGAACAUUGAACUCAAACCUCCUCCUCUCGACCAGGUCAAUGGGGCCGAUACCUUCAAAUCUGAUCCCGAAAUGAAAGGGACGCCGUUGAAGCCAGCCCCAUGUGGCGAUGGACUCGUCAAGUACAGGGCAGCCAAGUACCUGAGCUACGUAGUCCUAGGUUACCUCAUCAUAGUCCACGCAGGCGGCUCAACUUUGCUUUUUGUGUACAUUAGCCUCGUUCCGACCGCGAAGAAAGUCCUUUGGGACAAAGGCCUCGCCGUGCAGAUGUUCUCCGUGUUCAUGACUGUGUCAACGUUCGCCAACUGCGGCUUUGUCCCCAUGAACGAGAACAUGUUGGCCUUCAAGCACCACCCGGGCCUCCUGUGGCUGCUCCUUCCACAGGUCCUCCUCGGGAACACGCUCUACCCCCCGUGUCUCAGGGUGGUACUCUGGCUCCUUGAGCGGGUAACGGGGCGAGCCGAGUUCGACUACAUGCUGAGGAAUUCCUGGGAGAUGGGGUACGCGCACUUGCUCCCGGGCUUUCACUGCCUUUGCUUGGCCUCGACCGUGUGGAAGUUCGUGUUGGUGCAGUUCGUGGCGCUGUGCUGCAUGGAGUGGGGCUCACCGUCCGUGGAGGGCCUGAGCCCGUACGAGAAGCUUGUGGGGGCUCUGUUUGAGGCGGUGAACACCAGACACGCCGGCGAGUCCGUCUUCGAUCUCUCCAUCAUUUCUCCGGCAAUUUUGGUGCUCUUUGUCCUGAUGAUGUAUCUUCCAUCACAUACCUCAUUUCUUCCGGUAAGAAAUGGCGAGACGGCACCAAAAACUCAAAGAGAUGAGCCUAGGAGGGGCUUGUUGACAUGCUUGAUGUUUUCGCAGUUGUCAUAUUUAGUGAUCUUCAUCAUUCUCAUCUGCAUCACCGAGAGAGAGAAUUUGAAGAACGACCCGCUCAACUUCAAUGUCUUGAACAUCACGAUAGAAACUAUAAGUGCCUACGGCAAUGUCGGAUUUUCGAUUGGCUAUAGCUGCAAAAAGUGGCUAAACACAGACAGCCCGUGCAGGGACGCUGCAUAUGGAUUCGUAGGAAAAUGGAGCAACAAAGGCAAAUUCAUUCUGAUAAUAGUCAUGUUCUUUGGGAGGUUGAAGAAAUUUAACAUGAAAGGUGGCACUGCUUGGAGCUUGUCUUAGCAUUACAAACCACACAUUCCUCAAGUUAGAGGUAGAAAGGUCCGGUCAACAAUGUAAUAUAGUCUCGUAUCCGUGUAGAAUUCACAAAUUUUGGUCCAUGUUCUGUUCCUGCAAGUAGUUAUAAAUUGACCAUCCAUCAUCUUACUUGGGAAGAGAAAGAGAGGGCCGUUAUGUCCGUUCAAGGGUUGCUGGGACUGAUACUUUGAUAUAUCGGAAUGUGUUGUAGCGAUUACUGUAAUCCAUGUGUUUUUAAUAAUUACACUAAAUUUAUUGUUUCUA